AUGGGCUUUUUCGACCACCUCCAAAAAGGAGGGGGGGCCUUUACCCUACAGCCGCAGAAGACCCAAGUUCGCAAAGUCGUUCAGACACGACCAGCCACGAAAGCAAAAUCUGCCACCCAAACACCCGUCAACGGUUCACCUCGCGUUCCAUCCUCCUCGGAGCGGAGCCGCAAGGCGCCCGCGUUCAAAGCCCGGUCGGUCUCGAGUGACGCAGACACCCGCCCCUCUAAACGACUCAAUACCCCCUCACGCGCUCGAAAAAGACCAACACCUGAGCAACGGCUUUCGAGUGACGACGAUGUUAGUGAUAGCGAUACAUCCUUCGAGGUGCGCAAGCGUGCGCGGACCAGUGCUAGUGCGGAACCAGAUCCCGAAAGGCGGAUUCGCUCUGUGAAGGCAUUUUCGGAGGAAGGAGCGCGUCCAUUCAAAAUGUGCCAUGCAUCCGAUAUUACCUCAGGCCAGAAGGCUGGGAAAUUCAAGCCGGCGUUUGGGGCUCAAGGCAAGCCUGCCGAGAUUCGUUUACAAUACCCGAGUGCUUCGCAGAAAGAGAGAUUCGACUGCGUGGUGCCCCGCGACAACGACGAGUUCCGGCCUAUUGACGAUAUUGUUCAGGUCAUCGAGACCGUCUCCGAUAACUAUAUACCCGAAGAAGAAGCGGCAGAGUUCAACGACGAAACCACUGGAAUCAGACGGCGCUUGCGCAGAGCUCUUGCGGUGACAUCGGAAGCCCAAUUCCGCGAAGCAGUCGAUGAUUACAACAAGGCAAUCGAACGCCUAAGGAUCAACGGCAGUAUUGCGAAGCAUUUAAAUGCAACUCAGCGCAUUAGUUUGCCUUGGGUAGAGCGAAUUUUGACUCAAACAUAUGCGCGCACGGUGUCUCCUCGAGUGGAGUCUCUCCGACAAUAUGAGAAUGGCACUGAUAAUGUAUACGGCGAGCUUCUCCCCCGCUUUAUCAGUAACAUUUUCAAGGAGACCAAGUUAAAGUCUGGUCAAGUCUUUGUCGACCUGGGAUCAGGCGUCGGUAACGUUGUACUUCAAGCAGCGCUCGAGGUAGGCUGUGAGAGCUGGGGCUGUGAGAUGAUGAACAACGCCUGCGAUCUGGCAGAGUUGCAGCAAGCCGAGUUUAAGGCUCGCUGUCGGCUUUGGGGUAUUGCGCCAGGCAAGACUCAUCUUGUCCGGGGUGAUUUCUUGGAGCAGGAGAGUAUUAUAAAUGUUCUGAAGCGUGCCGAUGUGAUACUCAUCAACAACCAAGCUUUCACGCCGCAACUCAACAAUGAGCUUAUCAAUCACUUCCUUGACAUGAAGGAAGGUUGCAAGAUUGUCUCGCUUAAAUCAUUUGUCCCUGCCGGCCACAAGAUUCAGUCUCGAAACCUCAACUCUCCAAUCAACCUUCUCAAAGUCCAGCAGAAGAACUAUUGGUCUAACAGCGUGAGUUGGACCGACGUUGGCGGUACAUAUUUCAUUGCCACCAAAGACAGCUCUCGGCUCAAGGCAUUUGCGGAUGGCACUUUAUAA